AUGGAACCCGUGCCAUCAGCUAACACCGCACCUAGCAACACGAAAGAAGUCCUGAACGGCGAAGUGCUAAUCAGCGCCGACACCGCUCCAAAUGGGGCCAACGGCGCGGUCCACGAGCCCAGGAGCGAUGCCAACGCCAACGUGCCAAACGAUGUCAUUCAGUGCGAUUGCCUGAUAGUCGGCGCGGGCUUCAGUGGCAUCACUGCGAUUCACCGCUUCCGACAGCUCGGUCUGAAGGUCAAGUGCUUUGAAUCGGGAGGGGAUUUCGGUGGCGUGUGGUACUGGAAUCGUUAUCCCGGUGCUCGCGUUGACUCCGAGGCGCCGUUCUACCAGCUCAAUAUCCCCGAAGUGUAUCGGCAUUGGCACUUCAACCAGCGCUUUUCGGACCACAAGGAACUGAGACAGUACAUGGCCCAUAUCGACAAGACGCUGGAUCUCAGGAAGGACACUUUUUUCAAUGCGAGGGUCGUUGACGCUUCUUGGGAUCAACAGGCUAACCUCUGGACGAUCAAAACUACCGCUGGACAUAUCGCCCAAGCUAAAUAUCUCAUGUUGACCUCUGGUUUGCUUCAUCGUACAUAUACUCCGGACUUCCCCGGCUUGGAGAAUUACAAGGGUGAGAUUCACCAUUCCAGUGCAUGGCCAGAAGACUUCAGCGCCAAAGGCAAGAAAGUCGCCAUCAUCGGCGCCGGUGCAACGGCCGUGCAGAUUACGCAAGAACUCGGCAAGGAAGCGGAUGAGCUGACGGUGUUCCUGCGCCGCCCGAGCUACUGCCUGGCCAUGAAGCAGCGUACGUGGACGGAAGAGGAGCAGCAUACGCUCAAAGCUUUCUACCCUGCCAUGUUCAAGGCUGGGCGGGACUCCGCGGCGGGCUUUCCCUCGGCUCGACAAGAAGUCGGUGUGGGCGACGUCUCUACGGAGGAGAGGGAAGCCCUAUUUGAAGAUCUCUGGCGCAGGGGAGGGUUCAACUUCGCAAUCUCCAAUUACAACAACGUCGCUCUCGACAAAGAUGCAAACAAAGUUGUCUACGACUUCUGGCGACGCAAAGUGUGCGAACGACUCACCGAUCCCGCCAAGCAAAAGAUCAUGGCCCCCGAAAUCGCCCCCUACUAUUUCGGCACGAAGAGAACGCCUCUCGAGCAAGAUUACUACGAAGUCCUGAACCAACCCAACGUCUCCAUCCACGAACUCGGCAAAGCGCCGCUAAAGUCCUUCACCGAGAAAGGUCUGCUCAUGGACGACGGUACGGAGUACGACGUGGAUGCAGUCGCACUCGCCACCGGAUUUGACAGCUACAGCGGCUCCCUCACCGCCAUGGGCCUGAAGGACAAAAACGGCACCGAGCUGGCGCAAUCCUGGAAGGAAAACGGCAUCUCCACCUACCUGGGCAUCAUGAUGGCCGGCUUUCCCAAUCUCUUCAUGGCAUACACCCCGCACGCACCCACCGCGCUCUCCAACGGGCCCACAAUCAUCGAGGCGCAGGUGGAGACCGUCGCUGCUAUCAUCGCCAAAUUGCAAGCGGAGAAUGGGAAGACCAUCGAGCCUCAGCAUGCCGCGGAGGAGGCUUGGAAACAGGAGAUUGAUACUAUGAGCAAGUACACGCUCAUUCCGUACACCGAUAGCUGGUGGAACGGGGCGAAUAUUCCCGGGAAAGCACGCCAGAACAUGAUCUACGUCGGCGGGAUCAAUACUUACGAGCAGCGCAUGAAAGACGCCAUUGCUGGAUGGACGGGCUUCGACGUCGCUACAGCUUAG